UGAGAAGAUUUAGAUUAAGCAAAUCAGUUCAGGAGAGUGUCGGGUAAAUUUGGCUACAGAAAUGGUAUAAUCAAAAUAGCUGCCGGGGAAUUUUUAUUCUGAAUUUAUUGCUGACUACAUUGUUCGUCUUUGAUCGAUGAAAUUGAUUUGAAUUACUGUGCCCACAAACCGGAUUAGAAAUUUGCGAAAUAUUUAGCCGGAAACACCUUGCCCUUGAUGCGCCAACAUUAAUAAGAUUGUCAAUGCGGCCAAGUCCGGACCGUUACAAAAAUCCGAAUAUUUCCGGACGGUGGGCUUCAGACCGUACCAUCAUUAUCUAUUAGUUCGCACCGAUCCGUUCAACCUUGGAUCUUUUUGUCAAAAACCAAUUAAAUGUAAUUUGUUUGGGGGGAAAACUAGGGGAAGGGUGAACAAAAUUUCCCAGUACAUCAUGUCUAGACUCGUUUAGACGAGGUUGUUGCUUAAUUACAAUGGAUCCACGCCUACGCAAAGUUUGCAAUUUUUUCGGAUGGGAGCGUACCGUUGCGUUGACAGCCGCAGUCAACAUAUGCUGUUAACAUUCGAAGAAGAUCGUGACAGUAGAGCGAGCGACGCGUCUGGUUAUUUUAUGUUUUUUUUUCAGCCGCACAACCACAAACGGCCUGUUCUCAUUUCCAACCGUUAACGGUUUCCCAGAUGUAGAAUUUUUUCUUGGGGUUUUUAUUGGCCAAAUGUUUCCCUACGACGGCGAAACAUUGUCACCUGAUAUCUUGUUGGCCUUCUGGGAUUUCGUUUGUUCUGCGGAAACGAUAAGAUUUUUAUUUUCCUUGGACUUCAGCCAUUGGCUGUCGUGUUUUCCAAUUACAUAACAGAAAAUCGCUUAUGUAAUAUCGUAAUAAUGGACUCGUUUAUUUCUUUCCUGUGGCGACUCUUAUUUUCUUCAUGUAUUCAUUGGUCUUUAUUUAUUGAUUCGUUUGCCUAAUCUUUAUUUCCCAUGUGUAUGAUGUCGUUGGUAUUGUUUUCUCUUCUUUGUCGAACCACGAACGCAGCAGUGGUCACGCCCUGUUUCACAUCACACCGCCGCCGCUGAUUGUAUUCCAUUCCGAUUCAUUUCAAUUGGCAUCAAAAGCCCCCCCCCCCCUUUUGUAAUAGCGCGCUUGGUUGAUUGCGCCUAAUCGCUUUCACCCCUCGAGGAAUCAGUGCAGCAACGUGAGCCAACCCCUUCGCAGCCAGCCCAGCAACGUCAAAGGAAAACCUCACGAAAUGCCUGGACGCAACCUUGAUUAAUACGCACGAAUCUGGACUUGAAAAAAGAAAAAAAGAACACAAAAUAACCAUGGCUGCAAGAACCUAACCCAACUGACGUAACGCGGAUUGUAUAACGUAUAAAUACGGGAGGAAGAGAAGGGUGUCCACCGCAGAAGGCGCUCAGAGUCGGCCGUUGCUGGAACAAGUGUCCAAGAGCUCAGAACCAGUCCCCAACAGUCCAGUGCCUUUUUCUUCCUCGUCAUUUUGUUUUCAGCUCGUGAUAGUAUGGAGUUACGGUGGCUGAUUGGAGUGUCCGUUAUGGGCCUGCUGCUGACCGUGGCCACCAGCCAGAAGUAUCCUCAGCAAAAGUCGCCCGGUUAUCCCAACGAACGGAUCCCGCCUGCUAGAUAUUAUUCCGACCGGCCCAUUACGCAAGAUGACUAUAUUCCCGUCAAGCCCGUCUAUGGCUCCAAUUUUCACGAGGAAGGAAAUGAUUACAAAUAUCCCAACAGCCAUUUGGCCGGCGGAGGAAGUUACAACAAAUACCCACCCAAGGAUUACAAUGUCCCGUUGAGUUAUUGCCCAGAAGUUGGCGGUUUGGAAUCGCGUUGCCGCCCGGCCAAAGAUUGCGCCGUGUGGUACGACCUCGUUCGGAAGACUCCCGGAACUUCCUGCACGCUAGAAAACGGACAAGGCAAAGGCAUCUGCUGUCCCGAUCUGCCCUACAAUGGCCGUCAUGGGGUGCCGUUCAGUAAGCUGAGCUCGUGCCCGAAAGGCCUCCAGCUGGACCAUCACCUUGACCGAAUCAACGUGAUGUCGGUGAACGAAGCCGUCGAAUUGGGUAAAGUGCAAAUGGUGUCCAUGAUCGAAACGGAGAAGCAACUCGUCCGCAAAAAUAUCCGAGUCCGACCCGGAUCGCAGCGCCACACCCACAGUUGGGUCUUUUUCCACUCGACACCCGAAGCCGUUCGAAUCAGCAACAGUUCACUCUACGGAGUUUACACGGCCCUGCAAUUGACUAAAAGAUUUCAAAUCAAACCGGAGCAGGUCGAAUGCGCUUUGAACCGAUUCGAACUGAAGGACACGAUCAUAGCCGACAUGUGUCCCACCCAUCCGGACUGCGAUCACAAGACGUUCAAUUCCCCGUUUCGAACGAUUACGGGCAUUUGCAACAACAUUCAUCCACCUGGCCACGUUCCUUGGGGUUUGCCGAAAACCCAAUACCAACGGGCCCUCGCCCCAAAUUACUACGACGGUGUCUGGAUGCCCCGACGAGCUAAAAAUGGUGGCCAACUUCCCCUUCCCCGUUUGCUAUCACUGUUGCUGGUUCGUGACCUCGACGUUCCCAGCGAUACCGACACCACCUUCGUCAUGCAGUACGGCCAGUUUGUCGAUCACGACAUGUUGGAAACCAUGGAAUCUAAAUCAGCGAACGGAUCGGCCGUGCCUUGUUGCACGGAAGAUGGUGAAUUCCUCGAAGAGAACGACCUUAGUCACGGCAAAUGUAUCCCCAUCGAAAUUCCCAAGGACGACCCUUUUUACGCCAAGUUUCGCCAGCGCUGCAUGCAAUUUGCCCGUUCCGCUCCCGCGUGUAGAACUGACGGCCGUCUCGGACAUGUAGAGCAGAUGAAUCAAAACACUCACUUUCUGGAUCUCUCGGGCCUUUAUGGCUCCGACGAUCAAGUGGCCGGCGAGUUGAGGACGUUUGAGAAAGGCGCCCUCAAGGUGUUUGCUCGCAAAGGCUACCACCAGCACGACAUGGACUUGCAUCCGCCCGACAACGACACGGACGUCGAUUGCGCCUUGUCCAAAGCCGUGACCGGAAUCCAUCCACCUCCCGAAAUCAAAUGUUUCAAAGCAGGUGAUAAUCGAAUCAACGUCAGUCCCUACAUGGUCGCCUCGCAAACGGUUUUCAUGCGGGAACACAACGGAGUUGCCGAACUGCUGAUGGAACUCAAUCCGCACUGGAGCGACGAGCGUCUCUACCAGGAGGCCAGACGCAUUCUCAUCGCCCAAAUGCAGCACAUCACCUACAACGAAUUUCUACCGAUUCUCAUCGGACGGGAGAAGAUGCAGGAGCUCGGCCUCUUGCCGCUCCAGCACGGAUUCAGCCGCGAUUACGACGAAACUGUCAAUCCGUCCGUUUUGAACGAAUUUGCCGCCGCCGCUUUCCGUUUCGGCCAUUCCCUGGUUCCUGGAAAACAAGACCUCAUCAACCAGCGAAGAGUGAAGGAGCGAGACAUUUUGUUGCGCCAACACUUUUUCAAGACGACAGAGACGUACACGCCCGGCAAUUUGGACAAGUUUCUCAUCGCCUUGGCAACGGUACCCGGCCAAAGGGUCGACACCUAUUUCACCGAAGAGAUGACCAAUCACUUGUUUGAAGAGGAGGGCAAGGGCUUCGGCAUGGAUAUAGUUUCGCUCAACAUUCAGCGCGGUCGUGAUCACGGUUUGCCUGGAUACAAUUCUUACCGCGAACUUUGCGGACUCUCACGUGCCAGAGAUUUCCGCGACCUUCUCGAUGUGAUUCCUCCUAGGAUUGUCGAGAAAUUCGAGUCCGUGUACGACUCUGUGGACGAUGUUGAUUUGUUCAUUGCCGGUGUGUCCGAGAGGCCGACCAAAGGCGCCAUGAUAGGCCCCACCUUCCAGUGUAUCAUCGCCGACCAGUUUCUGAGGUUGAAACGGGGUGAUCGCUACUUUUACGAUCUCGGUGGUCAGUCCGGCUCGUUCACUGAAGAACAAUUGGACGAAAUCCGGAAAACCAGUUACUCGCGCAUCGUCUGUGACAACAGCUUCGUCCAGUUUAUUCAACCUCUUUUCUUCAAAGCCGAAUCUGAACUGAAUCCCAUCGUCAGUUGCGAAUCCUUCGACUCGAUUCCUCGUAUGAAUCUCUACCCGUGGAAAGAGAUUGGCAAUUCCGACUGGCAAAUCGCCGAGGACGGCGUCAAAUGGGCGCAGAAUUGCGACUUUGAGGGCCACGACAUUGACGCCCCUUUGAAUCUCAUCGACGGUGGCCAGUGCGGAAGGAUAUGCAUCGACACACCCGGCUGCAACGCCUUCUGGUCUAAAGAAGGUUCCUGUUCUAUCAAGAGCAUCCCGGAAGGCUUCCGUCGGACGCAUUUCAUUGGCGGCGUUUGCGGAAUUAUUCCGUGGAAAUUUUAAUUUAAAAUUUGUUUUCAAGCCUCCGAAAACCCUCAUCCCUCAAGGCUUGCAAAGACAACAUUUCCCAAAUGAAGUUGUAUGCAAUUCGUAGGAUUUUCGACUUGUUCCGUUCGGAAUACUAAAUUAACUUAAUUUAUUUUGGAAAUAAUGACGAGCUAGAGCUUCUGUUAUUUGGUAUUUUCGAAAGUAAGCCUAGCAAUGUGUAUAGGCAUCGUUAUUUAAAACAAAAAUUAAACGUUUUCUCAUCCACAGUGAAAA